GGCGGAUCGUGUGCAGUCAAAACCUAACAGCUUCAUUUUUUCGUAUCGAGAAAAGUCUCACGAAUCACCAGCAAUUAUCUGUUGACUGUUUCAGAGCUGCCGGUUCGAAGUGGACGUUUAUCACCUUCGUCAUCCCGCACACGGAAAUGUCAUCAUCCACUGGCAGUCGGCGGCCGAACGCGGCUCGUGAGCGAAGCCGCGUUCAGAAUUUACGUGACGCUUUCCAAUCUUUGCAGUCGGCGCUGCCGGCCGUUCCGCCCAGUACCAAGCUCUCCAAGUUGGACGUCUUGCUGAUGGCCAGCGCGUACAUCGCCCAUCUCGGCCGAUUGGUGCAAGAGGACAACGACGAACAGCAGGCCAGUAAUUCCACGAAUCAGAAUAACGUCACUUUUCAUCCGGUCAAGAAGUGGCCUAUGAGGGCCCGAUUGUACGCCGGACUGAAUUAUUCCGGUUCUCAUUGACCGCUCGACCCGAAGGUCUACCCGUCAUCAUCAUUCAGGAGAUAACUGAAUGGGUUGCCAACCACAUUAACAGGAGUGCUGGGCGAACUCUGCCGCAAAGCUUUUAUAAUUCGUUUUCCGUGAAUUAAAUCGCAGAUAUCUUUUACGUGGUCUGAUAAUAUCCGUUGACGUGUCGUUUGUCCUCUCUCUCUCUAUCUGUGUACCCCACCCCCUUUCUCUCUUUUUAAGUA